AUGUCAGAAGGAAACAAGACUCUGGUGACUGAGUUUGUUCUUACAGGACUCACAGAGUGACCAUGGCUGCAGGUCCUCCUCUUCAUUGUGUUCUUGGUCAUCUACCUCACCACCAUGCUGGGCAACCUUGGACUGAUGGCUCUUAUUUGGAAGGAUGCCCACCUUCACACACCCAUGUACUUGUUCCUUGGUGGUUUAGCCUUUGCAGAUGCUUGCACUUCAACCUCUGUAACACCCAGGAUGCUGGUCAAUUUCUUAGACAAGACUACCAUGAUAUCCCUAGCUGAGUGUAUCACCUAAUUUUAUUUUUUUGCUUCCAGUGUAACUACAGAAUGUUUCCUCCUGGUAGCGAUGGCCUAUGACCGCUAUGUAGCCAUAUGUAACCCCUUGCUUUAUCCAGUGGUGAUGUCCAACAGACUCUGCACUCAUUUAAAAAGUAUUUCAUAUGCAAUUGGUUUUCUGCAUCCCCUGAUUCAUGUGAGUUUAUUAUUAAGGUUAACUUUCUGUGGGUCUAAGAUAAUACAUUAUUUCUAUUGUGAAAUUUUACAACUGUUCAAAAUUUCAUGCAAUGACCCACCCGUUAAGGCACUAAUGAUAACUACUUCUGCAGCUUUUAUACAAAUAUCCACUUUAAUGACCAUGAUAAUCUCUUAGUUGUGUCUCUUUGACGUUCUGAAAAAAAAGUCUGAAGAGGGCAGAAGCAAAGCCUUCUCCAUGUGCAGUGCCCAUCUGCUCUCUGUCUCAUUGUACUAUGGCAUGCUCAUCUUCAGGUAUGUGCGCCCUGCAUCGGGCCUAGCUGAAGAUCAGGACAAAAUGUAUUCCCUAUUUUAUAUGAUUAUAAUUCCCCUGCUAAACCCAUUUAUUUACAGCUUGAGAAAUAAACAGGUUAUAGGUGCCUUGAGAAGAGUUUCAAAGAAGUAA